AAAUUAUAAGAAUUUUUAAAAUGUCGAGCAAGAGUAAAAGUGACUCACAUCUAUUCGAAGCAUCUAAAGAAAUCAAUCAAGAAGAAUCUAAGAACCCGAUGGUAGAGAAAUCAGGGGUGAUGCAGAAGAGUGAAAUCGAGGGUGAUUUUAGGAUAGAAUAUGUUAUGGAUGAGAAUGGCAAAGGGAAAUAAAAUAAGAAAAUAUAUUAAAGCUAAAUCAAGAUUGACAAGUGAGCAAGUUAGAGAGAUAAAAGAAGCCUUUCGCUUGUUCGAUAGAGAUAAUAGUAAUUCUAUUGAUGUGGCAGAACUCAGAGAUGCCAUGAAGGCCCUGGGAAUUCCAAUGACGAGGUCUGAGCUUAGACAGAUGAUGAAAGAAGUCGAUACAGAUGGGAGUGGAAAUAUCGACUUUGAAGAGUUUAAAACCCUCAUGACUAAAAAGAUGAGUGAGAGAAAUCCUAUUGAAGAGCUUAGAAAAAGCUUUAGGCUUUAUGACUCUGAUGACACUGGAAAGAUCAGUUUUCAGAAUCUCAAGGAUGCUGCUCAGGAUCUCAAAGAGGACCUAACGGAUGACGAAAUCCUUGCCAUGAUCAGAGAGGCUGAUAAAGAUGGUGAUGGAGAGAUCAGCUUGGAUGAAUUUAUUGGCAUGAUGAAAGAAGCUAAAUUCUUCUAAAUAUUAUC